GAUCCAUUCAUCACUGUAAGUCCGAUAUCCACCUAAUCUCCAAUCAAAUUCGUACUUUUCAGAUCCUCUGAAUUUAAAAAUCAAGUGUUUUCCUUUUUCACUCUGCAACCAUGAGUGACGAGGGAGAAAAGACCUGUCCUCUCUGUGCUGAGGAGAUGGACCUGACAGAUCAACAAUUGAAACCCUGCAAAUGUGGUUAUGAGAUAUGUGUUUGGUGCUGGCAUCACAUUAUGGACAUGGCUGAGAAGGAUGCGGUGGAGGGCAGGUGUCCAGCAUGUCGUACUCCUUAUAACAAGGAAAAAAUUGUUGGCACGACGCCAAAUUGUGAAAAGAUUGUGGCUGAGAUGAAUAUGGAGAAAAAGCUGAAGUCACAGAAGACCAAAUGUAAAACAUCUGAUUCAAGGAAGCAACUUAACAAUAUGCGAGUGAUCCAAAGAAAUCUUGUCUACAUAGUGGGGUUGCCGCUUAAUUUAGCUGAUGAAGAACUGUUGCAGAGCAAGGAAUAUUUUGGUAAGUAUGGAAGGGUUUUGAAGGUCUCUAUAUCACGAACAGCAGCUGGCGCUAUUCAGCAAUUUGCAAAUAGUACAUGUAGUGUAUAUAUUACCUACACACAAGAGGAGGAAGCAGUUUGCUGUAUCCAGUCUGUACAUGGAUUUCUUUUGGAUGGCAGACCUCUAAGAGCAUGCUUUGGAACCACAAAAUACUGUCAUGCAUGGCUUAGAAAUGUGCCUUGCACAAACCCUGAUUGUCUCUACUUGCAUGAAAUUGGGUCACAAGAAGAUAGCUUUACUAAAGAUGAAGUCAUAUCUGCUUACACAAGGAGUAGAGUUCAACAAAUUACGGGUGCUACAAAUUGUGUACAGCGGCGGUCAGGGACUCUUUUACCACCACCAGCUGAUGAUUAUUGCCAUAAUGGCUCUGCUGCUUUGGCAGGGAAACCUAUUAGUAAAAGUCUAAAUAUUUCAGCUACAAGUGCCAGAAUUUCUCCCCCAAAUAGUAGCUCUGGUAGAUCUGCUGCUCUUCCAGCUGGAGCUCUAUGGGGAACCCGUCCCUCUAAUAGCCAACCACCAUCUGCAAGUUUACCAUGCCCAAAUGGAUCUCUCAGAGCAAAACCUGACAAGUGUAGCGAUGCAGUGAAAUUCUCCACAGCAGUUGGAAAGAACUCAUUUUUGAAUGCUGAUCCAGGAAAGCAGCUAAUCUGUGGUGAAGAAAGCAGCAACAAUCAAGAUAAAAGCAAAAUAAAGAUUUCACUACCUGCAAACCAGUAUGCUGGUGCAGAUCAAGCCUAUGUUACUGAGACCCUUGCCACACCUGUACUUCCUUCUUGUUCAUCUGUGAACAGUCAGUUUCAUGGUCACCCUGCUUCUAAGGAAAAAGAUGGACAUUCAAUUAAACCAUCAAAUCCUACAAGUUCUUUUGACCACUCUAUGAAGUCUAACCAACCUGGUUCUCAAAAGGAUUCAGAUGACACAGCCAAAAUUGACACUCAGAUAUUAUGCCCAGAUAUGUCUUCAUUAAGUAUUGAUAGACUUCAAAAGUCACGACAGAGUUUUACUGAUCAAUCAAGGGAGCCAUUGAGUUCCCAGAUAGAAAGCAAAGUUGCAUUGUACUCCGAUGAGAGUCACAUAACAAGUGAUACAUCUGAUUCGAGACUGGAUUUGCAAACUUCAUUUAUACAGGAUGUUACUUGUGGAAAUGGAGACAAUUCUUUAUCUGCUUAUGACCAAAGGCCUAGGGAUCCAGAAUCAAGUACCGACAGAAGCCACAAUCCAAAUUUAUCAGAGUCUUUUCAUUCUUCAACUCAGUGUCUCCUACUGUCUGACAAUGUUGGAUCUAUUAAAUCUGAUAUGCAAAUUGUAGGGAAGUUUGACUCAAUAUUACCAUCUUCAGGUAUACAAGGGAUCUCUGAUGGAUAUCGGGAUAACAUAGCUACCUGUAAAACUGCUUUGGGAAGCACCGAUAGAAGUUGCUUCUCAUUGUCUAAUGUAGAUCAGAGGAAGGAAAUGAAAAGCUUUGAAGGUGGACUUACAGGUGCUAGCCGCAAUAUCAUAGAAGAUAUGGAAGAAAGUAGUAUAAUAUCAAAUAUUUUGUCAUUAGAUUUUGAUCCAUGGAGUGAGCCAUUAACUUCGCCUCAGAACUUGGUCAAGUUGUUAGGGGAUACUGAUAAAAAACCACCACUAAGCUCAUUCAAGCUACACAGCAGUAAUCAGUCAAGAUUCUCCUUUGCAAGAGAGGAGGAACCUAUAAGUCAAACAAUUGAUUUGGAACCAUCUCUUUGUUAUAUUGAGCAAGCUUUUAAUAAUUGUCCCAGCCACAAUUUCUCCACUAGCAGAGGCUUUCAACCAGAUAAUCUUGCGAGUCGGCGUGGUUUCUCUCUAGUAAAUGAGGACUCUAAUAGUUGUUCCAACAGUUACCUUUCUCUCUCUAACCACAAAUCAUCAGUCUCAAGAUCUGAGAUGUCAGCCCCACCAGGAUUUUCAGCGACUAGCAGAGCACCACCGCCUAUGUUUAUGUCUCAUAACAGAAUGGAGAAUAAUUUUGACUCUCUCCCUGUAGGGAACUACUCACUUCAAACUCCUAUGUUGAGGAAUCAAUAUCAGGCUCCACCAACUGGAAAUAUGGUCGGCAAUGAGGAUGAUAUUGAGUUUAUAGAUCCUGCAAUUUUGGCAGUGCAUAAAGGGAAUGUUCCAAGUGGCUCUAAUGCCUCAGGCUUGAAUGUGACUUCGGGUUUUCCUCUGCAACUGAGCACUUCUGAAAAUGAGGGAAGACUUCAUUUUUUAAUGCAAAGAUCACUUUCUCCACUUAGGAACCAGAUAUUUCCUGAUACUGGGGACAGUUUUUCUGCCUUUGGUGAUGCUUAUAGAAUUCCUUCUGGGAUUUUGGAGCAAACUCUCUCCAGUAAUCUCUCCCCAUUUUCAUCAGUCAGUGUUCCUGAAUCUAGGAGUUCUGUUAUGUCAAAUGGCAACUGGGACAUCUGGAACAGGAUUAAUGGUCAAAAUGAUUUGGGUGUAUCUGAGCUCCUUCAAACAGAAAGGCUGGGUCUUAACAAGCUCUAUACUGGAUAUGAGGAUUCUAAGUUUGGUAUGACUAAUUCAGGGAAUUUAUAUAGAACUUAUGGGUUCUAAGUGCUUGAGAGAGGCUUUUUGGCUGGACUAGCAACAGAAAGGAUGAAAUAAUCAUGGCGUGAACAAUAGGAUUGCUAAGACAACCUGACCUUUCCAUGCUCAGGAUGUUUCAAUUGCCAUUCGUUACACAACCCGCUGAUUUUGGCUACUUCAUAUCAUAGACUUGCAUCCAAAGAUGGGAAGACUGAUUUGUGAUUGCCUGAAUGACCUAUACUUCAAGUUUGGUAAAGAAUCUAGCCUUUUGAAAAAGGUUGUUCAGAAGCCAACAGGUCAGCAUUAAGCUUGUGACUUUACUCUCUAGUAGUAUUUUCACUUGGUGGUGCAUAUUUCUUAUUUUAUACUUGCUUUCAACUGUUUGAGGCCUGGGAAGUUGAGAAGAAGAUUAGUCCUUGUAAUGAUGGAAAGAUGUUUCACAUAUACUAAUCAACAGACAUGAAAGGGGUUGGAACUAUCGAUGGUUAGGUUCACUUGACAUUGAGGUUACAAAGGACUUCUGAAAUUGUGCUUAUUCCUUUUCAAUUUGUACUGUUUUUGAGUCUUGAGGAAGAGGAAACAACUUGCAAAUGACUUUGUAUACACUGAUUUCAACCAUAAUCCUUCUGACAAAAGAUUUCCCAGGCGAAAGAAGCUGAAGUUGAGGCUCAAUAAGGUUUUAUGCAGGAUGCUAAAGAGGGUUGGAUUUCAUCUGCUGUUAUCUGGUCAUGCCGAGAACCGGGACACAUUGCUACACAUCAGUUAUGGCAAAAAUGGGUUCUAGAGAAACCACUUUGUCAUUUUGAUAGAGAUUGUUUAGGUACUAUACAAACUCAAGCCAAAAUUGAUGAGAUUGAAAACUCUUCAUACUAUAUAUAGCAUGUUAAAUAUGAUGUCUGCUGUGAAAAGUUUGGAUGGAUAGAUAUUAUAAUGAUAUAUAUAGUAAAAUGGUUGAACAA